ACUGUGCUCCGGGAAAGCGAACUUUCUCCGUCUCCAGGAAACUUUCACCAACUGCAUUGCAUGACUCACCCGGCUGAUAAAAACUCCGUAAAUAGGUUUUGGUUCAUGUUAACAACUUACUGUGUUUCAUUCAUUGGCAUUUGACCCGCAUAAAUCAGGCACCGAUUUCAUCAGCAUAAAAUCAAUUUAGAAUUUUAGCUCAACUUUGACUCACUAUUUCCAAGCCAAUAAUUUAGAAGUGAACGUGAAGAUACAAAUUAACUUACAUUUUCACUACAUAAAUUUAUCAGGAAUGUAUAUCUUUAGUUAAAAAAUCUCGCCUAUUAAUUAAUUCAAUGGAGGAGCAAUCUAUCCCCCCAAAAAAUUCGGUCUGUGAAGAUGGGGUCCUUUUCAUUUUGACGAGGAAAUCGCCCCCACCCUGCGAUGGGUGUGGCGGUGAUCAUUGCGCCACACCCAUUAGUUCACGUACAAACUCUGACCUCACUUCGAUUGACUGGAAGCGAGAAGCCAUCCUUCUUAAUAAUCCUGGGAGAAAGUACACAAUUGGAUCUGGGAAUGAUUUGGAGAAUUUGGACCCAGAAAAAUAUGGACAAUUUCUGAUAUUUCGGAACAAAGCGGAUGUGACUGAGGAGCACUGCCAAAUCGAAUGUGAUGAAAAUGGAACUUUUUGGCUGCAUAGUUUGGGAUCCGCGAAGACUUGUCUGAACGGAAAAUUAAUUCCAGAUUCUCCCGUCAUGUUAAAAUCUGGAGACAUUUUUCACUUUUCCCAUAUUUUUUCACAAUUAUGGGAUUCAGUACUGAUUCACCUAGUCAACAUUGGAGACGGCAAGAGGCUGUAUCGCAAAAACAAAUUGGGUGAAGAAUACGCCGUAUUCAAAUUUGAUAAGCUGACAUGUGUCACUGAAGAAAAGCGACCCCUGCCUAAGAAAACAAAUAUCCCGGACAAAUCCGUGACCGAGUCUCAAGAUCGUCAAAAAUCCUUAAUUAAUCACCUCGUUUUUGAAAACCACGUCAUACUCACAAAAAUAUUCGAACACCUCGCCAACCCGGAUCCAAGUGCACCCUGGAACCAAGAUGACCUUUUUACCUGUCGCCUCGUCUCCCAAGCUUGGAAUGACUCGGCUCGACUCGUACUACAGAAAAAUUUCGUCCUAAAACUCAAAAUAACGAUGGACGAACUAAUCCGCAAUCCAAACUACAUCACGAAUCGAUUUUCUUGGAAAACGUACCGUAUGAUGGAGCUAAAAUUUGACGCUAUGAAUAUCGAUAUCUGGCCACAGAAAUGGAACUACCAGACUCGAGAUAACGACGACAGGAUCAAAGCAAUGAUAAAAUUCAACCAAGAUUUAGCCGCAUUUAUAAAUCCAGAUUUCCACCCUCUCAAAGUGCUCACCAUGAAUAUAGAUUAUUUGACCCCAAUUUCCAUCCUCCUCUCCAAAUUUUGCCCUUCUCUAGAAGAAAUCUACAUUCAGGUUAACAUGCUGUGGAUUAAUGACAAAAAGAUAUCGGGAUUCCCAGAAGAUCUGAUGUUUCCCAAAUUGAAAAAAUUAACACUCGAGUUUUCCGAACACACACGAGGAGACCUUCAAAAAAUGUCAGAUUCUAAAUCUCUCGCCCACCUCCUCCAAGCUGCGAAUGGAAUUGAAGACCUCGUCCUACAAAAUUACGCCAAACUUCCCCUCUCAGAAUUCGACUCUUUUAAGAAUCUGAGGAAACUUACGAUUUACAACCAGCGCGAGUAUCAAGUCAGAAUUUUGAGUUUACACGACUUUCUCACCCAGUUCAUGACCUUGCCAAAAGGUCAGCUACGAUCGUUCAAACUGGUCACGAGAGGGACUGAGAUCCAAUCCACGCCGGAGGACGCCUUGCUCUCUUUCUUUCAAAAUCAGCGUCAAAGUUUGCAAAACUUGGAACUCAGCUUAAACCAAAGAGACGACAUUAAACUUAUAAAACUGCCGAGAUGCAUGCCAAACUUGAGAAAAUUGUGGAUAAGUGCGAGUGAUGAUAGGACGGGGUGGAAUUCCUCGUGGGGGUUCAAAUUAGGGAGUCAGGCGGCGAAGGAGGUUGGAACUUUCACGGUUGCAGUUUGUUCGGAAAUGUUGCUAGCACCGUCGGUUGUACAAGACGGGCGGAAAUGUACGCAAAAAUUGUGCCGAAGUUGUAAUGAUUCUUUAGUGUAUGGCGAAUGGCUUGGACAUGAGGGACCUUAAUUUGGGAGUUUUAUUCUGAACUUGAAAAAUGUUUAGGCUUGUAAUGAAGUUGUAUGUGAUUUUGUUUCAAUAAUUGUAUGAUGUUUACUGUAUGUGUGUAAUGAUUACGAAUUCUGCUACAAUAAAUAUUACUACAUACAUAAUAAUGAAGGAUACAUACAAAUAUAUCCAUAAUAGCAACGAGUUUUGGGAUGCGUUGAAAUUAUUCUUAUUAUUGAAAUAUUGUUGCACAUUUUUGCUUACGUGCCUAGGUAUUUUUAACGUUACUGUUAAUUACAAUUAUAAUUAAUUACAGAGGUAUGUAUGUAAGCAUUUCAGAACGAAUGCAAUUCGUAAAAAUUCCGGUAAAUUGGGCAGUCAUAAUUUCAAAUCUUAAAAAAGCAUGUGCAUCUACAUAUGUGUACAUUGACAACUUAUACUUUAUAUUGUUUGUAAAAUUGAAUUGAAAAUAUUGCAAUGUGUUUAAUAUCAACCCGCCGAAUCUUUGACAGACCUCACUCACGAACGUUUUCAAUAUUUCGAUAUCUCAACAACCAUCGGGACGGGGUUGGAUAUUUCGAGAUUAUGUAUGUACAUUCCCUACUGCUCGGCAAAACAAUUUGUCUGCCUUACCUCAAAGUAUACAAAGUUGCCCUAAGUGAUUAGUGAUUAUAAAUAAAUGCGUAUCGAAAUAUUUGUGCACAUAGACGAUAUUAUACACUUAUUUUAAU